AUGCAAGACGAGUCUCCAGAAGGUGGUCGCUUUAAAAAAGAAGUAUUUCUUGAGGGUCAAAGCCAUUUACUAUUAAUUCGUGAUGAAGGUGGCCCCCCCGACCAACAAUUUAGCCACUGGGUUGAUGGUGUGAUAUUCGUAUUUAGCCUCGAUUCUGAGGACAGCUUCAAUGUUGUGUAUGAAUACUUCAGCCGCCUAAGCACAUAUCGUACCCUAUCAGAUAUUCCCAUAUUCUUAGUGGGAACUCAGGACUCUAAUUGUGAAUCUUGCCCUCGGAUUGUUGAUGACAUUCAGGCUCGAAGACUCGCAAAUGAACUGGGAAGAUGUCCAUAUUAUGAAACUUGUGCUACCUACGGUCUAAACGUCGAGCGCGUUUUUCAAGAUGGUAAUUUUUUAAACAACUAA